UGUAUUAUAUAUAUUUCAUGCCAUAUCACCUUGGGCUGUGCCCUAGCCAAAUAACAUAGACUUGGUGACCCUGUAAUGGAAAGAGACAAUGUGCAGAUACGAGUCAAACACCUCAUUUAAAGAGGGAUUGUCUGGGAAGCAAAGUAGAGGGUGUGCUUCCUCUGUAAGAGAGUCUUCACUAGACUUUUAUCUAGAAUUAAUUGACAGUUAAUUUGUGGUAUUUAAUUGCUUUGUGAAAGCAAGUGUAGACACUUCACAUACUCACUGGGCCCCAUAAGUGAGCACUCGCCUUUACCUUGAGUUAACUGGCAAUCUGCUAAUCUAAGGGUAGAGUGACCCUAUCUGCCUGUAAAAUAGAUUUAUCAAUACAUUUCUGUAUGUUGACGCCUGAAAGCAGUUUCAACCUAUAGUACUUAUUGAAAUCAAUUAUAAAAGUUAAUUACAUUAUAGGGCUUCAAAGUUAAUGUAAAUUUGAGUGUUGCUGCUUACUUGAGUCCUGUCCCCACACACAAUCCCUUGUCUUGUGUUGGCAUCUAAUUUAGAUUAUGCUCAUGUUAGCUUUACCCUAUACCCACAAUUGGUCAGCCAAUCUAUCAGGUGCUAACACCGCUGCUCUGUAGCAUGGAGCCAGGCUAGCUCUGCUUGAGUGCUGCUAGUCCUCCAAUGCCUUCCCAUAAAUCCUCCUGUGUGCCUAGAAAGAACAGAUGAGGUCUCCCCACAAUUCCCUGAGGGGAAAAAAAAAUACAUAGAGCUGCUCAACUUACUGCAGUAGAAAGAAUAAUGUUAGGAUCCACCUGGAUUUGCCAUACAUGAAUGAGUGCAUUACUAGUGUGGACACAGCAGUGUGUUAUUUUCACAGUGUGGCCACUUGCACUUGAGCUAGGUAAAUGCAAGGGAAGUAACUUGAAUUAACUCUGCAGUGAAGACACUCACCCUUAAUCUGUUCCCAGGGAAGACAGCAACCUCUCUGGAAUUAUGGGAUUUCCUGCACUUUCUUCUGGACUAAUGGUACUGGUCCCUGCCAGAGGUGGGAUUGUGACUAGCUGGACCACUGCUCUAACCCAAUAUGAUCAUUCCUAUGAACAGGAAGGGAUUCUACAACCCAAGGAAGAUGUCAAGACGCAGUAGUCGUUUGCAAGCCAAGCAGCAGCUGCUGCUGCCACCCCCACCCUCCUGUCAGAAAGAGUCUCCACAAGAGCUGCAGGCACCAGAGUCUCUCCAGACCAGGAAAAGGAGAGCAACAGAGGAUAUCCAGAAAGGAGAAGAUGAAAAGGUCAUUAAAAGACAUCAGUAUGAGAUUAAGAGUUGUUGGCCACCCACAAUAUCAGGAGGCAUCUCCCCUUGCAUAAUUAUUGAAACACCCCACAAGGAAACAGUAGCUACUGACUUCUCCAGAUUCAAGAAAUACAGGUUCAGAAACCUCUUCAUAAAUCCAUCACCUUUGCCUGAACUUAGCUGGGGAAAUUCCAAAGAUGUCUGGCUCAAUAUCCUGAAGAAGGAGAACAAAUAUGCUCACUGCAAACAUUUUACAUCGCUACAUUCUAACUUGCAACCACACAUGAGGUCAAUACUCCUGGAUUGGCUUUUGGAGGUAUGUGAAGUAUAUAUGCUUCACAGAGAAACCUUCUACCUAGCUCAAGAUUUUUUUGAUAGAUUCAUGUUGACGCAAAAGAAUAUCAAUAAAAAUAUGCUUCAGCUAAUAGGAAUUACCUCAUUAUUCAUUGCCUCCAAACUUGAGGAGAUAUAUGCUCCUAAACUACAAGAGUUUGCUUAUGUCACAGAUGGUGCUUGUAGUGAAGAUGAUAUUAUAAGAAUGGAGCUCAUUGUAUUAAAGGCUUUAAAAUGGGAACUGUGCCCAGUGACAAUCAUUUCCUGGCUCAAUCUUUAUCUCCAAGUGGAUGCUUUGAAAGAUGUUCCAAAAGUGCUGCUACCUCAGUAUUCUCAGGAAAAAUUCAUUCAAAUAGCACAGCUUUUAGACCUAUGUAUUCUAGAUGUCAGUUCUCUGGACUUCCAGUAUAGGACACUGGCUGCUGCUGCACUCUGCCACUAUUCCUCAGCUGAGGUAGUUAAAAAAGCUUCAGGUUUAGAUUGGGACAGCAUUUCAGAAUGUGUAGAGUGGAUGGUACCUUUUGUUAGGGUGGCAAGAAAAGCCCCUGUGAAAUUGAAGAGUUUUAAGAAAGUUGCAGUGGAAGACAGACAUAAUAUCCAAACCCACACGAACUACUUGGACAUGCUGGAUGAAGUGAAUUGUGGAGUAGCUCUAACAGCACCAGGACAGUUAUCUCCAGGGUGUAUCGGAGGAAUAAUAACACCCCCAAAAAGCACAGAGAAAAAGUGAAAGUAUGGAAACCACUGACAAAAUAAAUGCAAUGAACACGCAGUGGUAGAAACUCCAAAGCAGGACGCUGUUUCAGUACAAAGCUACCCUAAAGCAGAGACUCAAUCUAAUCCUUGAACACUUUCUGCCUCGCAACAUCCUGUAUAUCAGUUAGACAUGUCAAACUGAGUAAUGGAUAGCUUUGCCUUUUUGCAGACUUCAGAUUUAAGAAUUGUUACACAACCCCUUUCCCUCCCUAGGUUAUGCAGGAGGUUGGACUAGAUCAUUUGGUCCCUUCUGCUUUUAAUCUCCACUACAGGAGGAAUAUUAACUAAUUUAACCAACCUUUUAAAUUAUGAAUUGUUUCGUUAGGGAUUUUUGAAAACUUGUUUUAAAACAACAUCUUGUGGGAUAAGAUAGCAGGAGAAACAAAGCUCUAUUUGUUCAAAGCAACAGUGUGUACAAAUAGUGUAGUGACUAUUUUCAUGUUGAAGUCAGAUUUAAAAGCUGACUAUACCAACAAAAAAGCAGCCCCCUAACUGAUGUCACCUGUAACAGUGCCACUUUUUCCUGGUUAGAUAUUGCAAGAACCAUACAAAAGUUGAAGGCCAUGUUUAAGUUGGAAAUUUAACCUGACUGCAUUUAGCAGUUUUGCCUACCUACCUUGAGGUUGGUGCAAGGGGAAUUACCCUUUGAAGCCCAGGUGAGCUUCUAAGGCCAAAAUAGCAUCAUUAUAGGGGUAGGGCUAGAUUAAAGCCUCUGCCUCAACAAGGCCUAAGUAAAGUGACAAUUACUUUUAAAAUCACUUGGGGGGAGGGCUGCUGAAGAGGUGCUAACCUGAACUUGUUCUAAGUUUGACCUCAGGUAAAAGUAACAAUUUGCUGCUGAUGUAAUUUAACUGGAAAAAUAAUUGAAGGGAAAAUAUUCUACUACAUAUUAAGAGCUAGACAAGGCCCCUUUUAAAUGUAGAGCUCUUAGCUAGAACUAUAGUGAUUUUAGAAAGAGGUACACAUCGACUACAAGAAGUCUACAGCCACUCAAAGUGGAAGCAGUGUUUUAAUACCCCAUACUGUGCAGGUAUCAAUGUUUAAAACAGCAUUAACCACCCCUCUAUUCUCUAC